UUUUUCUUUCACACGCAAUCACAUUACUGUGUAACACAGCACAGCAUGUCUUAAACUGAAUUUCAAUAAAAACAGUACUUAUCUCAACCAGCGACUAAUGUUACAUCAGUCCUAACAUUCAGUACUUGCAAUUUCUAAAUGCUUGGCGGGCCUGCUUUAUACCCCUUUACCAGCUCCCCGUCCUUGACUAGGCAUCCUCCAAAAUCCCCAGAAUUGACCUUUUCCAACUAAAAUUGGUGCGUAAUGGGGUCACCUAAUAAUCAAAAACAGCAGGAAAUAAGGAGCCCAAAGUUAAAAAACAAAAAAACACUUUGUCGGAAUAUACUACUAUACGGACACUGCAAGUUUUCGGAUAAAACUUGUCAGUUCCGUCAUGAUAUUUCUUCACCGGCCAAUUCGCCUAGUCUUUCUGCAACAAAAAAGAAAUUGAAUGCUGCUUCUGCAUCUUUUCAACCCAACAAGUCCUUGUCGAUUCAAAAUGCGAACGCUCCUGUAUUCGUUCCACGCAGUCGGGAGAGCAGUAGCAUGAGUUUGCAUUCGAUGGGCUCGGUCUCCUCAAAAAACAUUCCGAAUGCUCCUUCUGGUUCUUAUAUGACUUCUUCUCUUCUUGUGAACAGUCAGUAUCCCGAUGACCUCAGCUUGUUUUAUAACCAGCAAUCUCAUUUUCAGCCUACAAAUUAUCAUCUUUACAAUCCUCCGUUGCAACAUCCGCCUAUUUUGCAACCAUACGAGCGACUGACAAAUGACUUGUUCAUUGAUAGCAAGCUUCGUGAAAGUAUUCAGAAAAAGUGCGAGGCCUCCCAUCAAGUUGCUGCAGCCCUGCCAACAGAUGUCGCGAUUUAUAAAUCCCUUGUUCCACUAAAUACGAAACUGGAUCGCUUCAAACACAAUUUAGGGUAUCCCUGUUGGACAUACAAAGCGAUAUCUACUCUCGACAAUUUGACCUACACUCUUCAACGAGUACAAAACUGCAAUGUACAAUGUUCCAAAGUUCUUCUUGAAAAAUGGCGUUCCUUAUUGCAUCCUAACGUUAUAAGCAUUCAUGACGUUUUCAGCACUAAUACUUUCAACGAUUCUUCGCUGAUGUUCGUGUACGAUUAUUACCCUUGUUCCCGUUCGCUUCAUCAAUUGUACUUCAGCACACAAAACUCUGGAGGAAAAACAAGCAUUGAUGAUUUGAACGAAAAAACGCUUUGGUUUUUUAUGUGUCAAACUGCUUCUGCGCUUCAUUAUUUACACAAUCACGGACUUUCUCCAUCUGGUAUUUCCUUGUCAAGAGUUCUCGUUGACUCGAAUAAUCGUAUACGGUUAAGCAGCUGUGCGACCAAAAGUCUUCUGCAGUCUGAUACUCUGUCAAUUGAAGAAUCUAAGAAUGAUGACAUAAAGUCAUUCGGAAAAAUGAUGGUUGCUCUUUGUACUGGGAAUGUUGAUGAAGAUUUGACGACUGCCGCAACGAACAUUCGCAAAAACUAUUCACAUGAUUUUUGGAAGGCCAUUAUAUUUUUAAUAUCAGAGACACAUGAGAACAAGGAUAUGACUAACUUUAUGAACCUCAUUGCCCCACAACUUAUGCAAAUUGUAAAUAACUCUUUUGCAAAGACUCAAAAAACGGAGGCUUGCUUGUCGGGAUUAAUGGAGCACAACCGUAUUGUGCGGAUUCUUUUCAAGCUUAUUCAUGUUUUAGAAAAUCCCAAUGCCGCUGUAAAUCCCCGGUCAUUGACGAAGGAAAAACGCGUCCAACUCUCCCAGCUUUUCCGCGAUUUCGUUUUCCAUCAAGUUGAUGAGAGCGGAAGCCCUGUUCUUGAUCUGCAACAUGUUUUGACUUGUUUAUCCAAGCUGGUUGCCGGUUCCAAUAAACGUAUCGUGCUCGUUUCAAGAGAUGAGAGGGAAUUCACACCCAUUUCCUAUGAUGAACUCAAAACAUGUAUAGAAUCGGCCUUCCAAGCCCAAUUACAUAGUUAAUUAAAAAAAGAAAAAAAAAAAAUUCUAAAAACUGUAGAACGUCCUUCAAACCAGUAUUAUCACUUCGUUCGUAGUAGAAUUAUUGGUGUAUGACACAAAGCAUCAAGUUUAAUAUUUUCAUGAAUCGGCACAUUUAAGAGGUGGGUGU